UUUCCAACCCUGCGGCCACUACAACACGUGCGACUGCAACAGCUUGUUUUGAUUUUUAAUUUAAGAAAAUAUAAGAAAUAAACAGCUAAACCAUGAAGAUUCGCAAGAACCACAAAGGCAAGCACUAUCGCUACAGUGUGAACCGUAAAACACUCAACAAAACACGCAGUUCUACGGGCAAAAUCAAGGAUCCCACUUUGAAGAAGAUGUGGGUGGAGGGCCAGCGUGUGGGCACCAACUUCAGCGAAAUGGGAUUGGCCAAGGAUCCCAACAAGGCAAUCGCGAUACCAAGCUAUAGAAAGGACCGACUUCAUGCGGCUAAAAUUGUGAAUGGUUUCGUUGAGGAGGAACUAGACGAGGAGGAGCGCCUGGUGCUGGGCAUAAAGAAAGCCCCAGUAGAUGAGGGGCCCAAACGGGGUCAUGUGGUAGCGGAGCUGGAGCAAUUGGCUAGCGAGCGUGCGGAUCCAGAGUUCAGACUACCCAAAGGUGUCGUCAAAGAGCUCUCCUAUUUCCUCAACAAAUACAAGUUCAACUACAAGGCCAUGGUCACGGAUCGAAAGAACUAUAGCCAACUGACAUGGAGACAGUUUCGCUUGAAGCUUCGCAGAUUUAUGUCCAUUCCCGAGCAGUUCAAUGUCUAUUUGGAGCAGAAGAAACUGCCAGCUGGUGUAAAGCCAGAUUGGCCGGAGUACGAGUCGGACAGUGAAUGGAAGUGAACAAUAAAUAGCCAAGUUUAGUGGAUA